CUAGAUAAUGAUGUCUGGAAAUAUUGAGGCCAUAGACAAGGGUACUGUUCAUAGAAUAUGCUCGGGCCAAGUAGUGCUCAACUUAGCAACUGCUGUUAAAGAGCUUGUUGAAAACAGCCUUGAUGCAGGAGCUAACAGUAUAGAAGUUAGGCUGAAGGAGUAUGGCAGUGCUAUGGUCGAAGUCGUUGAUAAUGGCUCAGGAGUGGAAAAAGAUAACUUUAAGGCCCUUACUUUGAAGCACCAUACAUCUAAACUCAGGGAAUUCUCAGAUCUAGAAGGUGUUGAGACAUUUGGCUUCAGAGGAGAGGCACUCAGUUCACUAUGUGCAUUAAGUGAUGUGGUUGUGGUUACAAGGCACAAGGAUGCCUGUGUUGGAACACAAAUAGACUUCAAUCACCAUGGCAAUAUCACUAAACAAACAAGUUUAGCAAGACAAAUUGGUACAACAGUACGACUGCAACAAUUGUUCUCCACUCUACCAGUGAGGCACAAGGAGUUCCUGCGUAAUCUCAAGCGGGAGUUCAGUAAGAUGGUGCAGGUCCUCAAUGCUUACUGUAUUAUAUCAUCUGGUGUGAGGAUAAUAUGUACAAAUAUCUUGGAAUCUGGUAAGAAGAAUAUUGUCCUGUCAACCAACUCCAAUUCUUCAAUGAGAGAUAGCAUCACUAAUAUAUUUGGUCCUAAACAAAUGCAGAGUCUGCUAGAGAUUUCUCAGCACAGACCAGAGGACGAUGUCUGCCAGGACAUGGGCAUUAAGCCUGAAAAAGUUGAUGAACAACCUUUCAAAAUCAGUGGCUAUAUAUCGCAGUGUGUUCAUGGACAAGGAAGGAGCAGCGCAGACAGACAAUUUAUCUUUAUAAACAAGCGACCAUGUGAUUUCUCUAAGGUGACGAAGUUAGUGAAUGAGGUCUACCAUAUGUACAACAGACAUCAGUACCCAAUGGUGGUCCUAGACAUCAGUCUUGAUAAACAAUCAGUAGAUGUCAAUGUCACCCCAGACAAACGCCAAAUAUUCGUACUACAGGAGAAACUACUCCUGGCUACAUUAAAGACAUCAUUAGUGAAGUUAUUUGAGCCUACAUCCUCCAUGUACCAGAUGCAUGUACCUACUAAACCAAUAGGUGUCACUCCUGUCACACCUGAUAGCACGUCCCCAGCUACAGAUAGCAAAAACAUUCAGGGUUCAUCAAGUUCUCUCCUUGCCAAGAUGAAGCGUACAUUCACCAGUGCUUUUUCACAGCAAGAUACCUCAGACAGAAAGGCUAACAGUCAACCCAGCAAACAGCCAAAGUUGGAUUCCUUCUUUGCGAGCACUCCUCCAGUUCCUUGCAGUAGUCAUGGAAGACAAUCUCCUUCACAUAGCUCUAGUUUAUCAUCCCCCUACUCUUCAAAAGAGGAACAAUCUCCAAGUAAAUUGACUGUAGAAUUAACAAGUGGUAAUGAUGAUACACACAUAGAAAGCUGUAGAAAAGCAGAGACAAUUAACACCAGGAUACACGAAAAUAAUAGUUCAAUUCAAAAUUCAAACAUGGCAGGAAUAAGUUCAAAUAUUGAUACUGGUCUUGAUAAAUCCACAAGUGAUAUCAAUAAAGAAAUGGAAACACAGAAUCCUCCAUCUGACCAACUUGUAAUUGAAUGUCCUAUAUCUAAUGGUGAAUCUGUGGAGAACACUGCUGAAGCAAACCCAAUUGAACCCAAAAGCUGCAAUGUGACUGAUUAUGAUGCAAAGGGUAGACCAGAAAGAACACAGAUAAAUGACCUAAACAAUGUUAAGCACACAGUUCUGGUGGAGACACCAGUGCCACAAAGGAACCCUUGUAGUGAAAUCAUUAAAAAUGAAGAAAGUGAAAAUAUAACUAAAAAUGAUAUUGACAUUAGUGAAUCUAACAAUGAACUGAACUCUAAUGUCAAAGAAGGGUUGCUUAUUGACCUGGAUACACCUGACAAUAUGGAUACAGUUGAUACAGAUACUAUCUCUGCCAGGAGAGAGAGUUGGGUUGAUAUACUACAUAAUAACAUAAGUAUAGAUGACACAUCAGUAGAUGCUGAAACUAUUGAAAGAGAUGCAGAAGAUGUUGAUGCUAACGGCAAUGGCAAAAGUGAUGAAAAUCUUAAAAAUGUAAAUGAUGAUAAUUUUCUACAAGCACAAUCACAUGAAUAUGAUAUAAAUAGUUUUUCCACAUACAGAAAAAAGCAAAAAACGGUGCAAUUCUCAAUGCACAAACUCCGAGAGAGGCUACAAUCCCAACCAAAGAAGACCCCCAGGAAGGAAUUAUUCCGAAAUUUCCGUGCAACGAUAUCGCCCACAGAGAACACAAGGGCAGAGGAAGAGUUGAGAAAGGAGAUAAGAAAGGACAUGUUUGCAGAAAUGCAGGUCUUGGGACAGUUCAACCUUGGGUUCAUCAUAGCCAGACUGGGGGAUGAUCUGUUCAUAGUGGACCAGCAUGCCACAGAUGAGAAGUACAACUUUGAGAUGUUACAAAGGCAUACGACAAUAUCUAGCCAAACACUUGUCUGUCCCCAGAGUCUAGAGUUGACUGCUGUCAGUGAGCAAGAACUAUUAGACAGCAUGGAGAUAUUCAAUAAGAAUGGCUUCAAGUUUCUAGUUGAUGAAAAUGCUUUGCCAACCAAGAGGGUAAAACUGCAGGCGACACCUAUCAGCCGCAACUGGACCUUUGGAAAGGAAGAUAUUGAUGAGAUGUUGUUUAUGCUGAAUGAUGCUCCCGGAGUGAUGUGUCGACCAAGUAAGGUUCGUCAAAUGUUUGCAUCAAGGGCAUGCAGGAAGUCUAUCAUGAUUGGUACUGCCCUUUCAAAGAGUCACAUGAAACAGGUGCUAAGACAUAUGGGAGAGAUAGAGCAACCAUGGAAUUGUCCCCAUGGACGGCCAACUAUGAGACAUCUCAUCAACUUGAACAUGUUACCAAAUACAUGAACCAUGUUACCGGACACAUGAAACAUGUUGCCAGAUACAUUAAUUGUAUGAACAAGUGUCCAUCAUGCUUCAAGAUACAUGAACUAUGUUACCAGACACACAGAUCAGGAACCAACAUGUUACCAGACACACAAUCUGUAUCUACAAGUGCCUAAGACGUUACCAGACACACAAACUGUUUGUGUUUGUGCAAGUGUCCAA